AUGGGUAAUACACAGACAGGUGAAAAACAUCAUAAAACCGGAAAGUCACCAGCCAAAGGUAAACAUUUUAUAAAAAAUUUAAACAGAAAAAGUUCCGGUAAAGAAACUAAGAAAAAUGCUCGUAAAAAGAGCAUCGGGCGGCGAGAAACUCCAGAUAAAGAGUUCGAUAAAACAUCAGAAUCCGAUAACAAUGAAACUAUUGAGGCAUCUGAUAAGGACACGGUCGAGUGCGUGUUCAAAACAUCGGCUGGGGAGGGGGGCGCGGGGACGAGUGUGCAGUCGGAGGUAACGGUGACCAGGUGCGAGUACUCCGGCCGGUCACCGACCCGCGACCACUCGCACGCCGAGAAGUCUUCCUCGGACUCAGUAUUCACGGACCCUUUGACGCCGCUCGCCGUAGAAGUCAACCAGUGUUAUUACUCCGCGGAGAGCGACAGCGCUCCCGAAGAGCCGCUCGUCACGAACCUCGCUCCAUGCAUCGAUGCGCAACAGGUGACCUUGGCAGUCGAAGCCGGAUUGACAACUAUGCCUCACGAUGAUACUGCCAGCCCGCUGUCAUUUCAUGACAGUGUAGAAAAAGAAGAAAAACUUGACGUUUCCGAUGAGAUUAGUGAUAGAGAUAAUAAUGAAACUGUUAUGGGUGGGAUUUUAUCGAAGUCUAAGGAGGAAACACUACCUCAUAAGGAUCAUGAGUGUAAUCAUGAAUUUCUGGAGAACCGGUUGAAAGCUUGUCCGGGACAAACCUCAUUUACUAUAUCCAGGCACAGGAAAGUUGAACUUCCACCGGUCGCAGACACCUCUCUUAAUAUUCUGGACGAUGAUAAAGAAAAGCGCCAUUCCAGUGUCAGUGAUGGAGCGAUUCCCGAUUCAAAUGUUUUACGUAAAGUUGCAUCUCUCACCCUCGAUAAACACACAGAGUCGAGGGUCGUACGACCUAAGUUCGUGCCGGAGAAACUUGAUUUCCAACUGUACCAAAAGUUUGAAGGGCAAAUGCUUCUGAAUUGGUUCGCAUCAUCAACAUCUGAAGAUAAUCAUUUGCGGAACAUUCUCAAUACUCAGGAUCUGAAAACACUUGGGAUACAAUACUGUACGCACUUGCUGGCGGCCGGUGUCUUGAGACAGAUACCUGACAAGGAUGCUCCAACUGAGAAAAUAUUUAAGCCUAAUCUAAUGUAUUAUUGGUCACACAUGGAGAUGCCAGCAUCUCAACCAGUUACGCCGGGAAGAUUAGACAUGUCCUCAUGGCCGCCCGAACGUGAUACACUUAUAAAAACACAAACACAAAUCACCAACUACUGCACUAUGGAGAACCAAUAUAAUAAACAGCACAGUGAAGAUGUUAAUGACAUAGCCGAAGCUAAGUUUGUUAUAUCACAGUUGAAAAGGAAACUCCAAGAACUAGAAUACCAGUUGGAAAAUUACAAAAUUGGUCCACAAAUUGGGUUAAUCAAUAAGAAGAUUAAUAAUACAUUUAUGUCAACUCCAGAAAAUUUAUCAAACAAGAACAAAAUUGAUUUAGUUAGUAGAGAAGUUCAAACAAUAAAUGAUAGUGAAGUUAUUAGAUUGUCGGACAAACCUGUGAUAAACUAUAAAGAUGCAAGUACAGGUGUAAAUGAAGAUUGCAAUUUAGAAUUAAGUAGAUUAGGUAAAAACAAUGAAUUGUAUAAUAAUGAUUUACUAGGUAAAUCAGAAACGAGAUCUGAAAAAAUAGAAAAUUAUUGUAAAUUAAAUAAAAGUCGAGAUACUAAUAACGCUUAUUGGAAUGAAGAAAUAACGAAUAUAAGUGGUAACGGUAACAGAAAACUUAGUAAUAAAGAAAGAGAUUUACUAAUCACGAAUAUUACAAAUCAGUUGUAUAAUAUAGAUGAUAAUAAUGUUAGUAACACGUGUGAAAGCUCCUCGGAUGCUUCAUUCUUAAGUACAACAACUGAACUAUUAAGUAACAGUAGUAACAGAUUCUUAGAUGUCAAUCAGGAUAAUUUAUCUAACUCAUCUACAGAAUUUCUUUGUAGAAAUGAUGACAAGAGAAUUGAUUACAAUAUGCAAUCAUCAGAUUUGAAAAAUAACUUUAUCCCAAUACAAGCUACAGAAGCGAGGGAUGUUACAUUAUCAAAUAUGAACCUGUCAUUGAAAAGUUCUGAUAAAAGUAAUGAUUAUCAAUCUGCUGCUACACCACCGCCUCCGUAUCCUGGGAUGCUGCCAUCUCCCCCACCCGCGCCAGGGACAAAUCAAGAUCAGUCACUUUGCAAGGAAUCAAAAUCACCCGACAUAGAAAAACAAUCAUCAUCACCAACAAAUCAACACAAAACCGACUUACUUGAUGACAGUAAAGCUUCCCCAACACAGGAUAUUGUUAAAAGUUCCAGUAUUGAUGAAUCUCCAAAAUCAAACAGAAAUCUUGACUGCAUCAGAGAAAUCGAAAAUAAUGACUUGAAAGCUACAAACUUAAAUUCAGUGUCAUCAAACCAAAAUGAUGUAAGACAAAGAAAUAGUAUAAAUUCCUCCCUACUUCUUUCCAGUGAUAUCGUAUUACCACCGCCACAAUCACAGGAGUCCACAGUAUUGUACCCUCAAGAUAUUAAAGUAGACGAUACUAAAACGCCAGAUAUUCCUGAUCCAGAAACGCUUUCUUUAAAGUUGGAGUUACCAAGUACAGAAACACCAAUCACAGCCAUAAAUCAGUCUUUACCAGCGACAGUUGUGGGUCCUCCACCUCCACCUAUGCCUGGAACUGAGGAACUCACUCCAUUAAUGCCUAGUAUGGGACCACCUCCACCGCCAAUGCCUGGAAUGGGGCCCCCUCCCCCACCCAUGCCUGGAAUGGGGCCUCCUCCCCCACCUAUGCCUGGAAUGGGCCCUCCGCCACCGCCAAUGCCUGGAAUGGGCCCUCCACCUCCGCCAAUGCCUGGAAUGGGCCCCCCUCCCCCACCGAUGCCCGGUAUGGGCCCCCCUCCUCCUCCUCUGCCCGGUAUGGGCCCUCCACCACCUCCCAUGACUGGUUUAGGACCACCAUCGCCAGUAACAGCUGGAAUGCCUCCGCCGCCUCCAUUAAAUGCUGGACCUGUGCCAUUCCCAGCGCCACCCGUGGGUGGAUGGAAUAUGCAAAGAGCAACUCUGAGGAAAACUCCCAUAAAGCCUGCGGCUCCUAUGAAGCCCUUAUAUUGGACGAGGAUUUUAGCACCACCGAUACCCCCAUCCUGUCAAGGCGAUCCGGAAACAUCGGGAUUCAAACCGCUUUGGUUAGAAAUAGAAGAAGCUAAAUUGGACAAUAUAGACGAAUUCGCUAAUCUAUUUUCACGUCAAGUCGUAAAAGCUCCCGUUAAGAAAAAGGUUGAAGUGAAAAGUAAAAUACAACCGAUCAAGAUUUUGGACAGUAAACGUUCGCAGAACGUCGGGAUUCUAGCGCAGAGUCUCCACGUUGAGUUCUCGGAAAUCGAAAACGCUAUUUACAAUUUUGAUACUUCGGUCGUCAGUUUGGAAGCUUUGCAGCAGAUUUAUGAAUUGAGAGCCAAAGAUGAAGAACUAAUGAUGAUCAAGGAACAUUUGAAAACCAAACCUGGUGUGCCACUGGAUAAGCCGGAGGCGUUCCUACAUGACUUAUCUGGAAUCCACAAUUUCGCGGAAAGAAUAUCCUGUUUUACAUUCCAAGCUGAAUUUGAUGAUGCAGCAAACACGAUAAUGCACAAAUUAGAUAAUCUAAAGCACACUUGCGAGUUUCUUGUGACGAACGAAUCUCUUAAGCAGUUGUUUGCUAUCAUACUAGCUCUCGGCAAUUACAUGAAUGGUGGAAAUGGUCAAAGAGGACAGGCUGAUGGAUUCGGUCUAGAAAUACUUUCCAAAUUGAAAGACGUUAAGUCGAAGCAGUCCCAUAUAACGCUACUACACUUCAUAGUACGUACGUACAUGCGUGUUUCGUCACUGGGAGCCCUACCGGUGCCGGAGCCCGGGGACGUGGCUCGCGCCGCCGCCCUCGACUUCGCAGAGGUCGCCACUAGUCUGAACACACUUCGCACUAACCUUGACGAGUGCCGAGAAAAGGUUGAAAAAGUUAUCGAGACGGAUGCACAGAUACAAAAGAUGGAAGACGAAAACGCUAGUUGUGAAAGUAAAAAAAGACUGGAAGUGUUCAAAGACAAGAUGACGGCGUUCCUGAAUGCUGCGGGAGAAAAACUUAAGACGGAGAACGAUAACUUGACGGAGUGUAAAAAUAAGUUUAUAGCUACAGUGAAAUUCUAUCAAUAUUCUCCAAAAUGUGGCAAAGUUGAAGAUUGUGAACCGAAGGAGUUUUUUUCCCUUUGGACGUCGUUUUGCAGUGACUUUAAAGACAUUUAUAAAAAAGAAGAACAAAUAGCAAUUAAAGAAAAAUUAAAAGAAACUAAAAAGCUACAGUGCGAAAGAAAAGCGAAUACUCAGCCCAAAAAAGAGGGUGGAUUAAAAGCCCGUCUUCAGAAGUUGUCUAGCACAAAGAAAUGA